AUGGAAGAGGAGAGUUCAGCUAAAGGGCUCUGUGAGGAAGCCACUUGCCCACUUUGCCUGGACUUCUUCAAAGACCCAGUGACCAUAGAUUGUGGGCACAAUUUCUGCAGAAGUUGCCUGGACAAGUGCUGGGGGGAGCCUGGCCCAGAGGCUUCCUGCCCCCAAUGCAGAGAAAGGACCCCCCAGAGGACCUUCAGGUCCAACAGGCAGCUGGCCAACAUGGCAGAACUGGUGCAGAAACUCCAGGAAGGAGGAAGGAAGACAGAAGGGAGGAGAGAGUUUUGCAAACUGCACCAGGAACCCCUGAAGCUCUUCUGCAGGGAGGACGAGGCCCCCAUCUGCAUGGUCUGCGACAGAUCCAAGGAGCACCGAGGCCACAACGUCAUUCCCUUGGAUGAAGCCUUCCAAGAGUAUAAGGAAAAAACCAAGCUCCUCCAGGAGUCUCUAAGGAAAAAGAGGGAAGAAUUUAAGGAUCAACAAUAUGUUCAAGAGCUAAGAAGGAAAGACUAUCAGACACAGUUAGACCUUGAGAAGAUGAAGAUCAAAUCUCUCUUUGAGGGAAUGCAGAGAUUCCUUGAGGAGAAACAGCAUUUCUGCUUAGCUCAGCUGGAAGACCUGGAGAAAGAGAUGGAGAGAAGGCAAGACAAAACCCUCACCAAACUCACUGAAGAGAUUUCCCAACUCAGUUUGCUGAUCACAGAGAUGGAAGAGAAGUCCCUGCAGCCAGCCAGCACCUUCCUGCAGGACAUCAGAAAUUCCUUGGUCAGAUGUGAGAAGAAUUUAGGAGCAUAUGUGCCAGAUGUUUCUCCAAAUUUGACCGAGAGACUCAAAGUUACCUCUCAGGAGAUCUCUGCUUUACAAAAGGCCACAGAGUCCUACAAAGGUACUAAGAAUGGUGUAAUUUCUCCAAAUGUAACAAAGAAAGUUUUUAAGCUUGAGUCAGAAAAUCUGCAGGAAGCUCUGAUUGAGGCUGUUUGGGAGCAAACUGCCAACACAGUGGAUGUGACUCUAGACCCCGAGACAGCAUGUUCUAGGCUUAUUCUGUCUGAGGACCUGAAGAAUGCGAGAAUGUUAGGAUGUAUUCCUCAUCUAUCUAACAAAUUUCCCCGGGAGGCCUUUGUAUGGGGCCGUGAGAGAUUCACUUCCGGAAGACAUUAUUGGGUAGUGAAAGUUUCCUCAAAGCAAUGGGCUGCUGGAAUCUCAAGAGACUCUGUCAGAAAGAAGCGAAGUAUCAACCCAAAUACAGAUGACUCAAUCUGGGCUGUAGGGGUAAAACCACAUGACAAGUAUACUUCUGAAGUUUGCAUUUUCCCUGAAGUAGACUCUUUUUAUUUAGAACAGAAUAUUCGUAAGUUACAUGUGUCCCUGAAUUAUGAAGAGGGUCGGGUGGAAUUUUAUGAUGAAUGUGAUGAAUUCAUCUAUGCUUUUACUUCAAUAUCAUUCUCUGGUGAGGAAAUUCGACCCUUUUUCUUUGUACCCGACCAUGGAUCCCUGAUAUGCUAAUCAUUGGGAAGAACCAACCCUCAUCCACAGUCUCAUCAAAGGGCUCAAAAAGGCUUUCUUUGGAUCUCCAAGAAGGUUUUGGGAAUAACUUCCAUUUCUUAAUCAUGAGGGCUGAGAAUGUCUUAUCUGCAAAAAUGCCAAUAAGAAGAGAUUGGGUUAGGAGGUCUCUUUGGUUACAGAUUAUUAU